AUGAAGGCGAGGGACCAGACACCAUGGACCAACUUUAAGUCUUCCUGCCAGGGACAGAGCAGCUACUACUAUAUAUGGCUGGGCAAAAACAACAUAAAAGAAAAUGAACCCUCUGCUCAGAUCCGAAUUGUCAGCAAAGCCAUCCCUCACCCUGACUUCAACUUUACUAACAAGAUGGACCUCAGCAAUGACCUGAUGCUGCUCCACCUCAGCGAGCCUGCUGAAAUCACAGAUGUUGUGAAGCCCCUCGACCUCCCCACUGAGGAGCCCACUGUGGGGAGCAGAUGCCUUGCCUCAGGCUGGGGCAGCAUUACACCCAAAGAGGAGUACAAAUUCCCAGAUGAUCUCCAGUGUGUGUACCUCAAGCUCAUGCCCAAUGAGAUCUGCGCCAAAGGACUCACAAUGAAGGUGACAGACACCAUGCUGUGUGCAGGAGAGAUGGAUGGAAGCAAAGACACUUGCGGGGGUGACUCAGGAGGCCCACUGAUCUGUGAUGGUGUUCUCCAAGGGAUCACAUCAUUUGGGCCGAAACCAUGUGCUAAACCCAAAGUCCCAGCAGUAUACACCAAACUUAUUAUUUACAAAUCCUGGAUAAAAGACACUAUGGCGAAUAACCCCUGAGUGUCACAUUGUCCCCUGUUCUCAAUAAAACCCACCGUGUAGCAUAUGA